AAAACCAAACACGAAAAAAGUCAUUGUCUUGUUUUGAUGGAGAAACACAGAAAAAAGCAAAGUUAUCUUUGUCUUCACUCAACAACACCUCACCAAAUUGAUGUUAUUGCUAUGACUAUAACAAAAGGCUCCAACCAUACUUUUUCUUUAUAGCUAAAAUCAAAUCUUUUUAUGGGAAAGAUUGAAAUAACUAAAAAUAGGAAGGCACAAGAGUUGCAGUUUAUUGUAUGUUUGGGACAACUGUUUAGCUCUGUGUUUGCUGUUGAAGAUUUGAUGAGGAUGGUAAUUUUUCUUGCAUGGAUGAUGUGUAUAAAAAGUUGAUUUCUCUUGUGUGGAAAGCCUCAACUUUUUGUAACAUGCCUUUGUGUUUUUUAUGUUGGGGGGGUGGCUUAGAAUAGAAGGAAUUUUGUUUAAGAAUGAGGAGGUAGGUUGUCCCUUGGAUGGACCGAAGGAGUUGGUUGUGGCGGAGGAAAUCAUCGGAGAAAAGUCCGAGUGGUGAAACUGAAAGCUCAGUUGGAUCCAUUUCAUCCCUUUCUGAGAGGUUCUCUGAUGAUCAGGUUCUUCUGAAUCACAACAUUCAAUCACCUGAAGUCACAUCUAAAACUGCUCCCAAUGAUGAAGAACUUAAUGAAACUGUCAAGACUCUAUCAGCUAAAUUAUCAGAAGCUCUUGUGAACAUCCGUGAGAAGGAAGACUUGGUAAAGCAGCAUGCCAAAGUAGCCGAGGAAGCUGUCUCAGGAUGGGAGAAGGCUGAAGCUGAAGUAUUGAUCCAGAAGAGACUAGUUGAGACAGCAAACCAAAAGAACUCAAUCCUUGAGGACCGUAUCAGCCAUCUUGAUGGAGCACUUAAAGAGUGCCUGAGACAGCUUCGACAGGCAAGAGAAGAGCAAGAGCAGAAAGUCCAGACAAGUUCUGAGUGGGAGCCUAGAAAGUCUGAACUUGAAAAUAAGCUUGUUCAGCUCCAGUCUCAACUGCAAGCCAAAGACAGUAACGUCCAAGAUGUUCAGAUUAGGCUUGAAUAUGUGGAGAAACAGAAUUCAAUCCUCAAGCUUGAGCUUGUUUCCAUAUCUGAGGAGCUCAAACUGAUGACAUCUGAGAGAGACUUAAGCACUCGUGCUGCUGAAACUGCUAGCAAACAGCAGCUGGAGAGUAUCAAGAAGGUGGCUAAGCUUGAAGCAGAAUGCCGUAUGCUCAAGGCAGCUCAGAAAAGAUCAGCAGUUAAUGACCACAAGUCUACAGUCAGAAAUGAUAGUUGCAAAAUGAGUAGUUUGGAGCCAAUUAAUAGUGACCAGAGCAGUUCUGGCUUCUUGUCUUCUGCUUUAGUUUCUGAAUUGAGUCAGUAUAAACAUGAAAAGCCACAUACAAGAGACCUUAUAGCAUCGUCUCUGGAGAUAAAUCUGAUGGAUGAUUUUCUUGAGAUGGAGGAGCUUGCAGCACGUCCUGACACAGUGUGUGAAAGCAGCAAUGACAGAGGAGCUCACACCAGUGAACCCAUUUCAAAAACUGAAGUUAGAGCCGCAAUUAGUCAGACAGCUGAAGUGGAAAAGUUGGCAAAGAUGGAGGAGGAGAAAUUGAAACUAGAAAUGGAAUUAACUGAGUGUCAGGGCAAGCUUAAGAUAUCUAAAGAACAGUUAGAAGAAACAAAGGACAAUCUAAUUGAGGUAAGAGCUCAGUUAUCUAUGGCAAAUGAAGCAAGGAGAAAAUUGGAGGCUGAAUUCAAGGCUAAUACAACAAAGCUUAAAGACUUCACAGAACAUUCGCAGAAAAUGGAGGCUGAGAUUGUGGAGCUCAAAGCAAAGUUAUCUAUGGAAAAUGAAGCCAGGAGAAAAUCGGAGGCUGAAUUCAAGACUACUAUGACAAAUGUUAAAGAUUUAACAGAACAUUCGCAGAAAAUGGAGGCUGAGAUUAUACAGCUCAAAGCAAAGUUAUCUAUGGCAAAUGAAGCAAAGAAGAAGACUGAGGCAGAAGUCGAGUCUGCCAAUACUACAGUCAAGAAUUUAGAUGAACGCUUAGAAGAAACACAAAUUGAUGUAGCGGAGCUCCAAGCUCAGCUCAUUAUAGCUAAUGAAGCAAAAAGAGCUGCUGAGGCUGAACUUGAGGCUACCAAUGUGAAGCUUAUGAAAUUAGAGUUUUGCUUGGAGGAAACUGAAAGCAAGUGUUUAGGGCUUCAAACCCAACUAGAAAUGGUGGAAGGAAUGAAAUCUGGAGUUGAGGCUGAACUUGAAGCUACCAAUGCAGAGAAAUAUGUGUCAGAGUCACAACUUAAAGCGACAGAAGUGAAGCUGCAAACGUUGCUUUCUAAAGUUGAUUCUCUUCAAGAAGAGCUUUGCGAGGAAAGGGAUUUGCACCAGAAAACUGCUGCAAAGUUGCAGCAACUGGAAAUUGAUAAUUCAGUGAUAAAAUAUGCCCACCUUCAGAAAGCAACUAUAGUCGGGGAAUUUAAAAUCAAUAAGGAUAAAGAAAUGGCAGUAGCAGCUAGUCGAUUUGCAGAGUGCCAAAAGACAAUCGCUUCCAUUAAUUGGCAAUUGAAAUCCCUUGCUAUCAUGGAUGAUUUCUUGAUUGACUCAGAUGAAACAUUGCAGAUACAAUGACAUCCCCCUAAAGGUUUGGUUCAAGGAGUUUCCUUCUUGUGGCUCUCCCUACCAAAGAUUCUGAAACUCAAGAACUUCGAAUAGACUGACAGGGUUGGUCGCCUUUAAAUUGACAAUUUCUUUUUGGAAGGAGGAUAAAUGUCGAAGAUUGAAAUGCAGCAUAAAACCCGUAGAAUUCACGAUGGAACAAUUGGAUAGCUGAAGAAGUUGCAAAGCUGGAAUAACAAAGUCUUUGGUGCCAUUUAUUAAGUGCUUAGACAUGAAUUUAUUAGGUAGAUAAUUUUUUUUAAAAGUCAUGCGAUGUACUAUUGAUUAUUAAGUGCUUAUUUGAAGUAUAUAAAGGUUCCAAAUUCAUUGUACAGGACGUUUCACAAGAAAAAGUAUGUCCUCAUGUAUCAUACAAUUAUUGCACGACUCUUUAUCUCAUUAUUAAAUGGUUGAGAAACAA